CCAACAUUCCCAAAAAGAUUUGCGAGUUAACGGGAUUAUUCCGGAAGUAAUUGAAAUUUCUUUUGGAGUAGAAAGAUUAAUGCUUGCCAUAUUACAGGAUGCUUACCACGAGGAAAAAGUGGCUGGUUCUCAAACAGAACGCACAGUUUUACGGUUGCCACCUCUCCUGGCUCCGUUUUUUGUAGCGAUUAUUCCGUUAAGCCAACAAUUAAGAAACACGGCCUAUCAAUUAUACCUUGAUUUACUGCCCGAAGUUAAUUUUUCCUUAACCUACGAGGAGGCCCCUAAUAUUGGCAAAGCCUAUCGCCGCCAAGAUGCCAUUGGCACUAUUUACUGUCUGACGGUGGAUUUUGACACCGUGGACCCUAAUUCAUCCCACUAUAAUACUCUUACUUGCCGCCACCGCGACAGCAUGGAACAGAUAAGAAUAAGCCGCUCUGAGGGUAUUGGUGAUGACAAGAUCACAAAAAGCCUAAGUGAAAUUACAAUUAUGAAGGCGAGUUGGGAAAAUGAACCGACACUCCCACCGCAGACGGCGGAAAAGGCCGAAGUUCGCAAGGAGUUGGAAAGUGUUGAUAUGAAAAUGGAUGAAGUGCUACAAGGAAAAAAUUUAUCAGAAUUAGCAAAAACCAGCCCUACUUUUAUUUCUGAAUUUUACCAACAUUUUUACGAGCAAGGAAAAGCCUUGGUUCGGGCAAAAACUAAAGCAUCAUCCAUUAGACGGAGCACGGAGGAAUUGAAAAGACAGCAAAAAUUUCAAGCCAUUUGGGACAUUUCCAAAACCGAGGAAAAAGCAAUCACAGCGCAAUUGAAACCUUGA